AUGUCGGCUCUCCCAAUAGAGCAACUUUUACUACCAACACCCUCUGGCAACCUAGAAGUGCUUACUUGCACGCCACCCAGUUCCAAGACCAAUCAAGCUCCUAUUUUAUGUCUACACGGCGCUUAUUGCUCAGCAAGUGACUAUCGCAACUUCCUCUCAUACUUUGCUUCCCAUGGUUACCCUUCGUAUUCGCUCUCUAUCCGAGGCCAUGGACAGUCGUGGAGCCAGUCCUGGCUUACCAAGAACCUUUUUACCACAUUGGACGACUAUGUUGCAGACAUAACUGCCGCCCUGAAUGUUAUCGCUGGGCGCCAUCCAAACAAGUCACCGCCCAUACUCAUGGGUCAUUCCUUUGGAGGAGGCCAACUUCAGUAUCUAUUGGGCCAGCUCGGCUCGGGUAGGCUCCCGUCGCGCGAUAUCGCUGGCCUGGUACUUCUCGCUGCAGCGCCGCUAUCUGGUGGUGGUAAGGAGAUCAUGGCAAACUGGGAACUCGUUGAGGCAGGUCCAGAAGGAUAUAAGCAUAUCUGGAGCCCUCGUGCGCAGCUGCAUACCGCAGACCAAGUGAGGGCUGCCUUUUUCCACGACAAGACCGAGAACAAGGUAAUUGACUACUGGCUGGAAAAGUGCAAGACGCCGUUAGAGGGGAUACGCAUCGGUCUGAGCGUAAUGUGGCCCUUUGCUACAGCGGAGGAUGUCUUGUCGGGAUUGUGUGGCCUUGAGUCAAAGCCAAAACGCAAGGUGCUGUGCGUUACCGGGGACAGGGACCGUCUGACACCACCUUCAAUGGCUGAAGAGAACGCAAAGGCCUAUGCAGAAGCUUUAACAAAGCAAGGACAUAGUGAAGUAUCUGGUGAAACGAUAUGCAACACUGUGGUUGCAGAAUGUGCCCAUCACCUUGCCAUGGAUGUUGGAUGGGAGAGGUGCGCAGAAACAAUUAUAAAUUGGAUAGAGGGGAACAAUAUCUGA